AUGAUAUAUGAGAAAGACCAGGAAAUUGCGCUCAGAGAUGGCGUGAAAAUAUUUGCCGAUGUUUUCCGUCCAAUCGAUUCUGACACUAAACCUGUACCAGCGAUCCUUCCCUGGAGCAUAUAUGGUAAAACUGGAACAGGCCUACAAAGUCUGGACAAAGUACCUUGGAGGGUUGGGAUACCCCGUAGCUGGACUAGCGGUCUAGAGAAGUGGGAAGCACCCGACCCGGCAGAGUGGAUCCAGCGUGGGUACGCGGUAGUGAAUACUGACGCCCGUGGCACUUUUCAAUCGGAAGGAGAUAUGCCAGUUUACGGUACACAGGAAGGUCGUGAUGGACAUGACGCCAUUGAAUGGAUUGGUGUUCAGCCUUGGUGUAACGGUGCUGUGGGAAUGGCUGGCAACUCCUGGUUAGGUUCUACACAGUGGUUUAUUGGGGCUGAGCAACCUCCGCAUUUGAAGGCUUUAGCUCCAUGGGAAGGACUAGGAGAUUACUAUCGUGAAUCUCUUUGCAGGGGAGGUAUUCCAGAUUACUCCUUCUGGGGUUUGCUGCUCUCCAAUUUUACGGGAGGUCUAAACAACAGAGAACAUGUAGAGGACAUGAUUGACAAAUACCCGCUAUGGAAUGCAUACUGGGAAGAUAAGCGACCUAAACUCUGGAAUAUCAACGUCCCUAUGUACGCGACAGCAAGCUAUUCGACUGGCCUACACACCGAAGGAAGUCUCCGUGGCUAUUUUCUUUCUUCAUCAGCUGAGAAAUGGCUGCGCAUCUGCUCAACCCAAGAAUGGCAUGACAUCUACCAGCCAAACUACAUUGAUGAGCUACAGUCAUUCUUUGACAAAUAUUUGAAAGGCAUACAAAACGACUGGGAAGCUACACCACGGAUGCGCUUGGCCCUCCUUGGCUACAAUCAACCAUCAAUAGUUGACCGCCCGAUAUCUAGGCUUCCACCGGAGAACUUCGUAUGGCAGAGUUUCUAUCUAGAUGGACUUACAUCGACAUUACAGCGUCGUCCAAGAAUUAACGAACAUGCCCUAACGUACGAUGCGACAGUCGCAUGGUCAUACCCACCGAAAGAAUACGCAGGGUUUCGUCUAACGUUCGAAAAAUACACGGAGUUAUGUGGCUUCAGUAAAGCCAAGCUAUAUAUGUCAACGCCAGAUCAUGAUGACAUGGAUGUCUACGUCGUGAUCCAGAAAUUGGAUAAGAAUGGAAAGAUGUUGCAGCAAUUCAACAUACCCUUCAGAGACCUUCCUCCGGAAGUCGCAGAAAAGGACAUACCAGGCGAAAACAUCAUGCGGUACAUUGGACCAAAUGGCCGUCUCAGAGCCUCUCAUCGCGCUGUCCAGAAAGAACCUGAUUAUCCUGAUGAAAAGCUAGAGCUUCUCUCCCCAGCAUAUGUUUGGCAUCCGCACGACAAGGUUGAGAAACUCAAGAAAGAUCAAGUAGUGGAGCUUGAGAUCAUGCUUUGGGCGGGGGGCAUGAUUUUUGAGAGAGGCGAAUCACUCCGGCUCGACAUACUUGGUCAUGAUCCUAGAUGGCCAGAGUUUAAAGGUCUGGACAAAAGCUUAAGGAACUUUAACGUUGGGAAACACAGAGUGCAUACAGGUGGAGAGUACCCAUCAAGCUUAUACAUAGCACUAUCGAACUAG